AUGUUCAAAAAAUGGAAACACCUUCUGCUGCUCGUCAUGGGGGUAGCUACUGCUUCUUCUCUUUCCCAAGGUGCUUUUCUCCGAAGGGUUUUGAACUUUUCUUGCGAUUAUUUAAGAGUCAAGCUCAUUGGACGACAUAAAAAGAAAAAAAUCUGAAAAAGAUGUGAGUCUUUUUUUUUAAAUUUUUUCAUGAGAUCUUCUUUUCCAGGCUUUCAUGAGGAACUUAAUAGACUCGGAGCUUUCAAAACUGAUUGAAUGUAAGUUUUGGGGUUGUCAAUAUGUUUUUUUUUGUCGGUCCUCACUAAAAUUGUUACUUAAGCAGCCUUUUGCAGCUGCACUUCAGCAUGCAAAAAUCAUUAUAAAGCAAAAUUUUUGCAUCUUUGAAAAUAAAAACUCGAAAGGUUUCGAUCAUUCUGGCUGACGGGUGUCGACAAACGACCAGCUUAAUGGUAGUCGCCGUGUUUCGUCGUCCAAUUUAGUUCUGGGAAUUAAUCAAAGCUGUGGCAGGAAUGGAGGACAAGACAAUUCCUCAAAUGAAAGAAUUCAAGCAUUUCCGCAAUUUGGAAAAAGAUAUUUUUGCGCUCGGAAUCAACUAUUUAAAUGGAAAUUUAUCAGAACUUCAAAAUUCAGUUGAACCUUGGGAACGAGGACUUUUGUGGGGACUGGAACCGUCAACGGUCCAGCCUUCGGUUUCCAGAACGACGAUUGACGAGAUCGACCUGAACAGUCUGAGCGCUGGAGGAAAGGUUCGCCUUUCUCCUGUAUUUUAUGAUUCUCCCUCUCUUCAGUCAUUAUCACCACCUGGCAUGCAACCGCCCGAUGUGGCGGCACUUCGGAGACUGAUCAGCUCCGAACUGAAAGUAGUUUUAUUCUCGAGAGGCCACUAAACAAUGAUAAUCAUUUGAAGCCAUUAGCCACAGCUUCAAGAAGGCGUCAGCCCCUGAGUACGAAUUCGCGGGCAGCACACUCAAAGACUGUCGCCUUUGCAGCACCGACUUUUCAAACCCAAAUUUCGAAUCUGGAAGAGCUGUCCGGGGAAUCGCUCAAAUUCAAUUCGAGCGGUUCGUUUCGAGAAAACUGUUCGAAACGUCUUGCUGGGGGGCUUUCGAAGUCACAAAAGCCUCGAAUGAAGUAAAACAACACUGAAAACAGGCAUUUGCCUCUCUUGCAAAAUGAGCAUGUGCUUCUUUGCACACUAGGACAAGGAUUUUCGGACAGACCCAAAUAAGCUAACGCCAAUAAACCUGUUUCAGAAGAGCAGGACACGUUCGAUAAGAAAUCUUAUGAAAUGUCCGAAUUCUCUUUUGGUAAGUAAGAUUUUCAAAUAGAGCGAGGUAAAAAUUCUUGCAGAUUCUCCUGAAGUCAGCGAACUGCUGGCUUUGAAACGUGAGUGUUUGACUCGAAAUAAAUAUUUCUGAACUUGCGAUCCUUUUUAGCCAAACAACUGGGCUCUUUGAUAAGCAGCAGCAAAUUCGCCGGUAUCCCACUCGAGGACAACGUCAAUGAUGAAAUCAGAAUUCACAACAUUGGUGAAACUCAAAAAAGCUCGAAUGCACAAUAACCUCAAUUUUUGUCUAGAUUUCUCUAUACCCGACUUCCCUCCGUUUGCAUUCAGUGAAGACAGCACUAGCGCAGAAAUUCCGCAGCCAGCUCAGGUAUUCAUUUUUUAAAAGUUAUCUUUUCUCAGUUCUUUCUAGGCCUUCGUCAUGCCUUCGGAGUUUGGAUUGAAAGAACCAAAAAAAGUUUCAGAGAAGGUAAAAAACGGUUGAAAGAAUUUCGAAUAAAUGAACGAACUCAGGAAAAUACGUUCAAUAUUCCGAACGCCGUUCAAAAAAUGAAGAUGAUAGUGGACAUAACGGAUCAAAGAAUGACGGCUUCGAGCACAGCCUCGACCUCUGCUACGAGCUCAACAAUGUCUCUAACCUUGUCUCCAACCACACCGACACCCCAAGAAGUGACAAAGGUCCUCCUGAGUGGAACGACCUCAACAACCAUGAAGUUCAUUCGCAAAACGGAAACAACGCGCAUUCCUGUUUCUGUCACCUCAAAAAUGACUGGCGGCUCAAAGCCUUUCACAAAGCUUGCUACUCGGAAAAUUAACACGACUUCUACGACUGUCAAUGCAAAGACAUUCGCCACCCCCGACCCGUCAAAAGAUUUUUCGACAGUAGAGCCACCCCUGCCGAUGGUUGAGAAGCUGAAUAUCCGACCUAUCGAAGACGCCACCAAGAGCACUAGCGUCAAGUCGAAUCUUGUCGACGAGGCAACAAGAACUACACGUCUGACACGUAUCCGUAUCCCAGUCGACCAUUCUGAAAUCCGAGGUCAGGAAAUUUCUAAAAGCAAUAGUUUUUGAAAUAGUAGAACAAAAAGGCUGGAAUAUAUAAAUACUCAACCGACUUCACAUCGGCUUCUUUUUACUCAAGAAACCUCAAGAAAAAUCAAGAUUAUUUGAAAGAGAUUCACGCUAGAAGAAAAAAAAAGGUAGUUCAGAGUUGUAGCAAAGUAGCUCUUUUCAAAAAAAAAAAUGAAGCAACCCUCUCCACACCCAGAAAGUUGAUACAGGCCGAGACGAAAAGAGCGCCAUGACCCAAGAGAUGCUCGAAAUGCUCGGAGACAAGAUCGAAGGCAUAGACCAGCACAUGAUGCGAACUGGUCCCGUCGGCCGCACCCGACGUCUCCGCUUGGGCUCUGUCAGCAGCGAGGCCAAAACCCCAGGCUUCAGUCGACAUCGUCCGAACAUUCCAACCGAGAAGCCACGCCAACGACAACUGAAGAAAACGGAGAAAGAGCCAAACUUGCAUGGAGAAAUGCCGUUCCGGCGGGCCGUCUCUGAGCUGCCGAACCUCCCGAGAUACGGUGCAAAGCGGAGGACAAAGUCUUCCAGCGGCGGUUUCAGUAAGAAAAUCGAUUUGACGUUUGACCCAUCCCCGUAUAUCAAAACAACACUUUUUCCUCAAAACGGAUCUUUGUUCCGGUUGAAAAUCACUCGAGCAGAGUCGACUACUGAAAAGCAGGAUACAAGUACAAACACGUGAGUUUGUCCUCGGAGAACGAAGACCAUUUUGAAAGUGUUCAGAAGCGACAAGGCGGUGAACAGAAUAAGCGAGGACACCAUCAGCACUCUGAGAUCUUCUCUCCGGAAACUAAGAGAGUCACGGCGUCGGGUUCGAAGUCGAACGUCGCCACGCAGCAAGAACCGUGGAAACAACCUCCCAAAAGUAAGGCUCUUCCAAUGUUUAUACCCUCAAACGAUUCGAAACAUCCUUUUCUACUUUGAGCAAGUAAUAUUGAUGGAAAAAAAUCUUUAAAAAAAAAUCCUAAAUCUUUUUUCUAUAUAUUUUUUCUCACCUUCUGAACUUUCAGACAAAGAAAUCGUCGUCUAAACACCGUCGGAGGCAUAGCCCGGCAUCGCCAAAAGCUUUUUCGAAAGAGAAGCAAACUUGA